AGGUGCCCACGAAGAAGAAAGUGAGCAACAUGGCGCCUCUCGACCUGGAUAAAUACGCAGAAAUUGCCAAACAGUGUAAAUAUCUACCCGAAAAUGACCUGAAGCGAUUGUGUGAUUACGUCUGUGACCUCCUGCUGGAGGAGUCCAACGUCCAGCCGGUUUCGACCCCGGUGACAGUGUGUGGGGACAUCCAUGGACAGUUUUAUGAUCUCUGUGAGCUCUUCCGAACCGGUGGCCAGGUCCCAGACACCAACUACAUCUUCAUGGGCGACUUUGUCGACCGAGGGUAUUACAGCUUGGAAACAUUCACCUACCUGUUGGUGCUAAAGGCCAAGUGGCCCGACCGCAUCACGCUGCUGCGGGGAAACCACGAGAGCAGACAGAUCACGCAGGUUUAUGGCUUUUACGACGAGUGCCAGACAAAGUAUGGGAAUGCCAAUGCUUGGCGCUACUGCACCAAAGUGUUUGAUAUGUUAACAGUUGCCGCUCUGAUGGACGAGCAGAUCCUGUGUGUCCACGGAGGCCUGUCUCCAGACAUCAAGACAUUAGACCAGAUCCGAACCAUCGAGCGGAACCAGGAGAUCCCCCACAAAGGAGCGUUCUGUGACCUGGUGUGGUCGGACCCCGAGGAUGUGGACACCUGGGCCAUCAGUCCCCGAGGAGCCGGCUGGCUCUUCGGCGCAAAGGUCACAAAUGAGUUCGUUCACAUCAACAACCUGAAGCUGAUCUGCAGGGCGCAUCAGCUCGUCCACGAAGGCUACAAGUUCAUGUUCGACGACAAGCUGGUGACGGUAUGGUCGGCACCCAACUACUGCUACCGCUGCGGCAACAUCGCUUCCAUCAUGGUGUUCAAAGACGCCAACACGCGAGAGCCCAAGUUGUUCCGAGCUGUGCCGGACUCGGAGAGGGUCAUCCCGCCCCGGACCACCACCCCGUACUUCCUGUAGAGAGCGGCACGGACACAGACCGGGACUGUGGUGAUCCCGCACAUUCUGUAUUAUACAUUUAGAGUAUCUACGAGCAUCUGUUGGUGCCAACUGCUUUCCCUGCUCUGUGCAUUUAAUGCCAUUAAUCUGCUGCUCCAAUCAUCACAUGACAGCAAGUUUGCUGAACGGUGCCGCUCUGCUGUCGUCUUAGAGCAGUGGCUUCCAACCUGAGGUCUGGGGCCUCCUCGGCGGGAUGCUAGAGAUCAAAGGGGGGCUCCCAUGAAUUAGAUUUGCACAGAUUAAGACCCUUUCCACAAUCCAGUAAAGUGCAGAUUGCUAUAAUUCUGGUGUGCUGGUGGUGGGGGGCCUCACUGAAGCGUUCUCACAAUUGGUUCACAGAACUUGCCGUAGCCAAUCCAAAAUGUUGGGAACCACUGACUCAGAGGAAGAACUGUAAUUCACACUUGUGUAAAAUGUUCAUAUUUAUUGAAAGAAACUCCCCUUCACGUGAAAUGAAGAAUCAGAGAAUGUUUCACUUUAUUUUGUUAUGGUAAAAUUCAUCCUCAGUGGAGUUCUGCACUUCGUGGAUUUAUGUGAUUGUAUAAAUAAACAUGUAAACCUGAGAGUUGGUGCGUCAAUAUGUCUUCUUUUUUUUUAAGCCUGUGCUAUAAUGGAGCUCUUGUAAUUGUUUUUUCUGUGUUGCAAUGCUGUUUUUAAAUAAAACCGUUUGACAAUGGUUGAAAACUA